AUGAUUUCCACCACUUGCCAUGUCGCUUCAAAGUUCGCCAUCACGGGCAUCCUCUCCCUCUGCUUCUUCAGAGAAGCUGUCAUCCGCCCCGCUCAGCGUGACAGGACAGCCUCCGCCGGCCGGAUCGUCGCGUCGGGCUGCCUAUCGACAGUCAUUCUUCUCAUGGCCGCCCAUCGAACCGCCUCAAAGAUCCUCAGAGGCGAGAUCGGCAUCUCCUCCGCCGGCGAGAAUCCCAUAGACGCCGUCCCCACCGUGACAGCAUGCGACAAUACUACUACCAAUUUGCCCAUUUCUUCGUUGCAUGUACCCGACUCAAUUCCCAACAUCACUAUCGAUUUGCCUUUUCCUUCGACACCUGUACCCGAUUCAACAUCGCCUUCCGACAUUGCUAUGCCAGCGGUCGAUUUGUCAAACUCCUCGACAUGUAUAUCUCCACCAACGCCUCACGAAAUCACCCCGAUCGAUUUGUCGACUUCAUCGGAAUAUGUAUCUCCACCUUCACCUCACAACAUCACUAUCAUCGAUUUGCCCGAUCUCGACAACUGUAACCGACUAUCCCUCACAUCCGACACUACCCUCGUGGCCCGCGACGACGACGACGACCUCAAGUUCGCUGACAAAGCCUCGAGUACCAAAGAGGUCGAGUCAUCCGGCAACGAACGGACUUUCCAAGAGGCCAACGAACGAGCACCAGCACGCGCUGCGCAUGGGUGCCGUGUCGACACACUAUCCCCAAUCACAACUGUAACUAAACUGCGGCCACUCUUCCUGGUCAACAAAUUCCGGACGACAACAACUACACUGCGGCCACUCUUCCUGGUCAACAAAUUCCGGACGACAACAACUACACUGCGGCCACUCUUCCUGGUCAACAAAUUCCGGACGACAAUUUCACACACUAUCACCGACCAUUCCCUUCCUGGAUCCACCCACCUCACGAACGCCUCGCUUCUCACUCUGCCAGUGGUCGACCAAUUUCAAACGGCGUCGUCUACGAUUCCUAACCCUUCUUUUCCUGGACCGGCCCACUGGAUUGAAGCUAACGCCCCCCUUCCUCCAUUCCUCCGCCCCGCCAAUGUUAACUCUUCUCUCACUGGAUCCGCCUGCCUAUUAGCCCAAAAGACAAAGGCCGCUGCCUCCUGGCUCAAGCCUCUAAUACUUGUCACGAAACACGCCGCCGGUCGACCUACACCUCCCCUUGCAGGAUAUCAGCCUGAAAAGGCCCGUCCGCACAAGCUCGAGCCACAAAAGCCCAAACCUAGAGCGUCGCGAUCAAACGCCGCCCGCGAUAGCAUUGUGCAAUCUCGCCUCCGGCGACACACCAAAAGGAUCGUUGGUCACCUUGCGCUAGUCUGCGAAGAGAUUCGCACUGGCCAAGCAGACCUCAUGAACGUCUGGGUCGCUACCAUGGCGGAGGUUGGGUUCACCUCGACACUGUCCGGCAACCACCAAACGUCGCUGGGGUCACCCUUUCCUCCCAUAGUCGAUGCGAUUUCGGUACCAGAGCCUGGUUUGCGAAUCAAAGACCGCCUUGCGUCACUUCGCCAGCGAACAAUUGCGGUCGCAGCCACGAUUCCAGCUACCACCACCACCACCGCACCUUCUUCAGCUUGGCGAUGCACCCCCUGA